AUGCUUUCCCUGUCAAAUACGUCAUCCCGGGGCUGAGGCGGACCGGAUUGUGAGGCAGGGGGGGCCUUGUGCCCAAGGUGAGGCAGGGGGGCAAAGACGUGAUGGCGAGAGGGGGAACCAGAGGGCUGGAGGUCCAUGAGGAAGUGCGAGGAGGAAGCGGGCCUAAGUAGUUCUCUGAUCAGUUCCCCAACCUGCUCGACACUGGGGUUGGGGUUCCAUGCAGCAGCCUAAAGAGAAGCAAGUGUGGCAGCAAUUGACAGACAAAGUGAUGAGCUCAGGAGACUCCAACCCCGCCGCCACACCCACUCCUGGUGUGGACACCCAGGGAGAUGGGCGAUGGAUGUCUUUGCAUAACCACUUUGUGUCUAACAGCAAGGACAAGGAGCCUGAUGUCCUGUUUGUAGGAGACUCUCUUGUCCAGCUCUUGCACCAGUUUGAGGUGUGGCGAGACCUGUUUUCCCCUCUCCACGCUCUCAACUUUGGGGUGGGAGGUGAUGCAACACAGCAUGUCUUGUGGAGAUUGAGCAAUGGAGAGUUGGCCCACAUCAGCCCAAAGGUUGUGGUGCUGUGGGUGGGCACCAAUAAUCACGGUCACACUGCAGAACAGAUCUGUGGAGGCAUCAUGGCCAUAGUCCAACUUAUCAAGGACAAGCUGCCGAAGGCUUACACUCUCGUACUGGUAGGUUGUAUUACCUCUUUUCUACCACAAAUGUGACUUAAACCAUUAAUG